AUGCGAUUCUGGUACUACUGGAGCGUAGCGGGCCUAGCCAGCCUCGCUAUCGCUCAGUGUGACACCAUAGACCCCUCGAGAACAGCUCCUGGGUGUCGCAACACGCUCUCUGUUGCUGUAGCCUCACCUUCUGCCACCGACUGCUCGUCAACAAGCUCAUCCUCCACCGUCUCAACCACCACUACCUCUGCACCGACAUCUACUACAGCGGUAGUGGUUGCCACGGAUAGUACCGGCCACUUCACCGCUAUCGGCGACGCUAUUUCCUAUGCUCAGAGCAAGGGGAUUUCCACAGUCACUGUGAAAGCAGGAACCUAUACACAAGCUGUGACGGUGUCUGCCACUCCUUCGGUGAUUGUAAUCGGCGAAACAAACAAGGAAGAUGACUACGCGCAGAAUCAGGUGGUCAUCUCCACUGCAAGCCCUCUCACCAUCUCGGUUAAUGUCAUUGGUAUUACGUUCAAGAACAUCAACUUUGUCAACACUGCCACAGGGGGAGCUGCAGCGACUAUUCGUGGCUCGCAGAAUGCUUUCUAUGAAUGCCAGCUCAUCUCUGCCGGCAGUGUAGGUAUCGAUGCCAGUCUCGGCCUCGGCAUCAUUGCGAACAGUUACAUUGAAGCCGUGGAUAAGCUGAUCUACGGCUACCCGAGUCUGUAUAUUUUCAAUACCAAGAUUGUGCCGACUGGCUCCAGCGCUCUGCUCGUUUACAACAAGGGAUACACCUCCGGAUCCACGCUGUACAACUCAACUGUCGUCUUCGAUUCCUGCUCUGUGCUGCAGAAACAAGGAGCGAGCAACAAGAAUGUCUACCUUGCCGCGGCAAACAAUGGCCCUGGUUCUAUUGCUGUCUACCGCAACAGCCGUCUUGAUGGGCUGAUCGCUGGUACCGGCGCCCACGUCGACUCCGCAACUCAAGGUACCCUCAACUUCUACGGUGAAUAUGGAACUACAGGAACUGGAUCCUACGGUAGCAACCAGGCGUCUCGGUCACAGUAUGUCUCCCUCAUGAGUCAGUCAGACUUGGAUCGGUUCUCCGUUGCCCGGGUCUUCGCCGGAGUCUAUCCGCAAUUUGCCUCUUCGACAACUAGCUGGGUGGAUGCAGAUGUGCUGGCUGAGAUCGUAAAAGCCGCUCAGGUCCAGACGUCCUCGACGGCUGUCAUUCACAGCUCGACUCCUACAGCCUCCACGGUUACUUCCUCGACAGUUCCCACAGCCACGCCGACAUCAACCCUGGUCGUCUCACAGGACCCAAGUCCUGGACAGUAUGCGAAUGUGAGCCAAGCCAUCGCAGCUUUGCCCAAAGACGGAAAGCCAUACACCAUCUACAUCAAGGCAGGAACCUACAUAGAGCAGCUUUCCAUCACCCGUGCGGGCAAAGUUACCCUGCGCGGCGAAACCUCCUUUGAGAAUGACUACACGCAGAACCGUGUGACCAUCCAGUUCUCAUUUGGUGUCCUAACGUCCGAGGGCCGCAACGAGGAGACUCCGGUGAUCUAUGCGAAGAAGAACGAUGGGUCUGGCCUGGCGCUGUACAAUAUCAAUUUCGUCAACACCUAUCCCCAGACAAGGAAUACUGCUGCUCUAGCUGCCGACUUUUACGGCUCAAACUUGGCGGCCUACGGUUGCUCGUUCAUUGGCUAUCAGGACACACUGCUCGCGAACAAAGGAACCCAAGUCUUCUCCAACUGCUACAUCGAGGGAUCCGUCGACUACAUCUGGGGUUUCUCCACCGCCUAUUUCCAUCAAUGCUACCUUGCCACCAACACUCCUGGCACGUCUAUUGCAGCUCAGAGUCGGUCCUCGUCUACCGCCGCUGGAGGUUACGUAUUCGACUCCUGCUACCUUACGUACACCAACAGCUAUGGAACGACGUUCGGUCGUACGUACCUAGGCCGACCAUACUCCGAAUUCAGUAUCGCCGUCUACCUGAACUCCUACCUGGACAAGCACAUUAACGCUGCUGGGUGGGAUAUUUGGUCGACCAGCUCGCCGAACACGGGCCAUGUCACCUUCGGUGAAUAUGGCAACUCGGGCCCUGGAGCCUGGUCGUCCGGACGUGCGACCUUUGCUACCAGCCUGACGGCGGAGCAAGCGGCUCAGUAUUCGCUAUCGUCGUGGAUUGGGGACACUUCUUGGCUGGAUAUGGAGGCGUACAACUCCGUGCCCUCCUAUCCUCUCACUGGGCCUUCAGCGACCAACUCGACAAGCCCUGCUACGUCCACUCCUACCGCCACAGCCACGGCUACAUGGGGACACCCGACAAGUGGAACCACUCCUCCAGUUGGUGCGCUCCUAGUUUCGCAGGAUGAGUCCAUCACUGGGUCUUACCGGAACUUGACCGCGGCCUUGGCCGCUCUUCCGAAUGAUGCCUCCACCCAGAUCAUCUUCAUGUACCCCGGCUCGUACAAUGAGCAAGUUCCAUCGGUCAACCGGCAGGGACCUGUGCAAAUUAUCGGGUACCAGCCCGGCAACCCUGGCCAAACGUACCAGACAAACCAAGUCACCCUGACUUUUGCACGAGGGCUGUCCGUAUCUCCUCUGCCAAGCGGUCAUUCGAACUCGGAGACCGCAACGCUCGCAACCACCAGCAACAAGAUCGCCCUGUACAACAUCAACAUGGUCAACACCGAAAACUUGGAUGGAUCGCAGCCGUCGUACGUGACGCUUGCCGCAUCGAUCUACGGGUCCCAGAUUGGCUUCUACGGCUGCAGCUUCGUCGGCUGGCAGGAUACCCUGCUGACCGGCAGCACGGCCGGCUACCAGUACUACGAGUCAUGCUACAUUGAAGGCGCGAUUGACUUCAUCUGGGGCUACUCCAAAGCCUACUUCAAGGGUUGCACCCUCGGGGCGAAGAAAGCUAAAUCCGCCAUCGUCGCACAGAGCCGGGCUUCAUCCGCGGCCAUCGGAGGCUACAUCUUCGACCAGUGUCUCUUUGACGCCGCGCCCAGCGCCACGGUCGAUCUCACCAAGAGCGUGUACAUCGGCCGUCCGUACUCCGCGUACUCCCUCGUCGUCGUCAAGAACUCGUACCUGUCGAACGUGAUCCAGCCCGCGGGAUGGAAGGUGUGGAGCACCACCGACCCGCGCACAGAUUACAUUACCUUCGCGGAGUACCAGAAUUCCGGCCCGGGCAACUGGGAGAACAAUGUGGCUGCUCGCCAGUCUUUCGGGAAGGCCACCCUGCUGGAGUCGGAUACGUACACACUCGACGCGGUGAUGGGGUCAACGGACUGGAUUGACCUGACUCACUGGGACUCGAUCACCGUCCCAGCAGGCACACCAUCCACCACACCGACGACGACUCCCGGUGCUACCCCGACUCCAACCCCCACGGCAUACGACGGGACAACCCCUCCAGCCGGUGCAUACAUCGUGUCCAAGACCCCGAUCGACAACCUAACCACGUACGAGACCAUCCAGAGCGCACUGAAUGCCCUCCCCGCCUCCAGCAAAGUGACACCGACUGUAUUCAUCUACCCCGGCGUGUACCACGAGCAGCUGGUGCUCAACCGGUCCGGCACAACCGUGUUCCUGGGCUACUCGACAUCCCCCUUCGACUACGCCAGCAACACCGUCACGAUCCAGUACAACGCAGGCGUGGACACGCAGGCAGACCAGUCCAACACGGACAGCGCGACAGUCUACGCGACGGGCAACGGCUUUCAGGCCCGCAACAUCAACUUCGUCAACGACUUUGGCGGGAAGAAGAACUACGCGUCGCUCGGGUUCGCCGUGCGAUCGAGCAAGUACGCCGCGCUGUACGGGUGCCAGGUCAAGGGCAACCAGGACGCACUGCUGAUCAACGGGUACUUCUUCGCGAGCAACAGCUACAUCGAGGGGAACAUCGAUAUGAUCUGGGGCGCCGGGGCGGGGUAUUUCCUCAAGUCGACGAUCGCGUCGAAUCGCGACGGGAUCAGUCUCACGGCUCAUAAGCGCGCGAGCAAUACGACGGCCGCUGGGUUCGUCUUUGACCAGUGUACCGUUGUUCCGGCAAUGGGCGCAGGUAGCAUGUCCUCGCUCUCGCUGGGGCGGCCGUGGAACGCGCUUGCCCGGGUGGCCUUUGUGGGCUCGUACCUGGACUCGUCGAUUACGGCGGCUGGAUGGGAUACGUGGUUGUCGAGCAGUCCGAACACGGAUGGCGUGGUCUUCGGGGAGUAUCAGAACUCCGGGCCCGGGGCGUGGAACGCGAACCGGGCGUCCUUUGCAACGCAGCUGGAUGACGCUGCUGUUGCGCAGUUCCAGCUGGCGAGCUUCUUUGGCAGUACGUCGUGGAUUGAUAUGACGCGCGUCAGUGGUACUCCGUUUGUGCCGGGGGGUGUGGUUGUUUCCAGCACUGCUGUUCCGUUGACGACGCCGGCGCCGAGUACGAGCGCUGUCUCUGCGAUGGUGACCACGUUGGUGACCGUCACGGACAAGGAGACGGCGUACACGACGGUCACGUCUGCGGAUAAGACGACUACAGCCGUGUUCACCGUCACCGAGGACGUUGGUUCUACGAUUACUGCCGCCCAGUCGACCAAGACAACCACACAGAAGACCACUAUCACCACCACAGUGGUCAUCACAGAGCCUACCGUGACCAGCACGAGGAAGGUCGUUGUGACCAGCGAUGUGGGGCGGACCAUCACUCCAGCUCCAAGCACGGAGACCACGACGGUCAAAGAGACGAGCACAGUCAUGGCAACAAUCACCGAAGCACCCGCCACGGUCACGGUCAAGAGCACGACGACCUCUUCAGCCAUCACAACUGUGACACCGAAGGCAUUGACAACCACGUCGACGGCCGUCAGCACGACCACCAGCGUCAAGACCUCGACUCCGCGUACGGUCAAAACAACUUCCAGCGUGACGAUCACCAAGGGGACCGCAGGAACGGCGACCACCACGGCGAAAGCCACUACCACCACCCAGACGGUCACUUCGACAGUCUCGACCACAAAGUCCGUCACAACAACCCUCAGGUGCAUUCCAACUGAGGCCAAGCGGGCCGUCUUCCGGCGCGCCAACACCGCGACCGUCACCGAAUACACGACCUUCACGACCUUCGUCAAGACGUCUACCGUCAAGCUGCCCGCAUCCACCGCCAUCAUCAGCGCGACCACGACCAAGACCACCGGCAAGACCACGACUCUCAGAGCGCCGACAACUACGCUCACCGUCGUCUCGACUGCCAUCAAGGCCUCGACGAGCACCAUCCCCGCUAUCACCAGCUUCGUCACGGAAACGAGCACCUCCACCGUUGGAAAGACAACCACCCUCAAAGCCUCCACGACCACAGUCACCGCGACGUCGCUGGCCACCAGGACGUCUACCGCCACCGUGCAUGGCGCAACCCAGACCAUCACCAGCAUCAAGACUACGACGGUGGGAUCGACCGUCUCCCUGCCGCGCAGCACGCUUACCGUGAUCAAGUCAGAUGUCCUGACAGUCAAGUCCACGGUAACCCUGGCGACACCGACCACGACGGUGGUGAAGACGACCACGGAAACUCUCAAGCCCUCCGUGACGGUGACGUCGCGCGCGACGAGCACAAAGACGAGGACAGUUAAGACGACGGUUACGGAGACGCAUACUGUGACGAAGACGUUGAAGGGGGCGGUGGCUUGUCCGACGGACUAG